GCUCCUCCACCCCGCGUCCCGCCCCGCCCCCUCCCUCGCAGGGGCUGCGUCAAGUGGGGACCCUGCCUUCCCUUCGCGGCGCUGGCGGCGACGUCCAGGCCCCCGGGGUGUAGGAGUGAGUCAGGUCCACGUUCAGCCAUAGUUGGAGGGAAGUUGAUCUGCCUUGUCGGAAACAAAUCCAUUUUCGGCCUCAUUGGGCCGCAGGAAUCCUCCUUGAAGCACCACGCCCCUCCCCCCGCACUUUCUUUGUUUGCUUUGUGCACUAAAGAGGAGGUGAUAAUCAGCGGGGCUUUGAAGGAUGAUUAGGAGUUUGCCAAAAGGGGGAAGGAUGACAAUUGGAGGUGGGAACAGGAAUCCCGUGUUUGGGGAGUUUGUAGGCUUCCAUCCCGAGGAGGGGCAUGUUUGGAGACCUAGGCAGGGACAGGUGGGGGUAGGGGGCACCGGUGCUGGGCCCAGGAGCACAGACAUCCCCAAGCAGGCUUCAGGGGGCCCCCGGAGGUUCUGAUGUGAGACGUGAAAGCCCAGCGAGUCUAGCGAGCUUUCCUCAGUCCCUAUUGUGCCCCCACCCCAUGUCCCAGAGCCACUCUUCAAGGCAGACGGCAUCUGUGGAUUAAGCCACGGCCCAAGAUUGUAAGCUUCAUCCCUCCAGAUGGCAUCUUUAAAAUAGUAUUUUACGUCCUAAUAUGGAGAUGGGUUUAAGCGUUUGCUUUUCCCUUUUGGUGUUUUUGAUUUGAAUGCAGUGUGAGUGUUACUUAAAAAUGUAACUUUGAAAGCGGCUCCCCAGACCACAGGCAGCGUGCUGAGACAAGUGUCCGGCGCAGAGGGAGCGUGCGGGCCCCUCCCCAGCCGCGCACCUUCCCCGAGUCCGCAGACAGCGGGCGGGCUUGGCGGCAGGUGGUGGUGAGCCGUCAGGUGCCAUUUGAUUCAUUUCGAAACCAGCCGCCUUCAUUUGAAUGCAAGUAUCGUUCUUAUCGCGUAAUUUUUGUCACAUGGCUCCGUGGUGAGCAUGGGGCUGAGCAUGGCUGGGCCGUGUGCUUCCCACUGUGUGUGCUGGGCGGUUCUCACAGGAGCCGAAGGCUUAGACGGCUGAGGAAAACUCGGAAAAACCAGUGAACGUUCUAGGCUGGGCCUGUUUUGACUCUAGAAUCUGUGCUGUCAACCAGCAGCCCGGUUAGGACGUGACAGAUGUCAUCUUCCUGGUGUUGGGUGUGUGUCCUGAGAGGGCCGUGGUUACCCUAAGUAACCUAAGUGGUCUGGCCUGGGAACCUGAUGGUCAGAGCACUGAGUGGCUUCUGCUGGGUCUCUGCCUGGGCUCCGGCCUCCCGGAGGGAGCUGAGCGUGGCGUGGCGUGCCCGGGAGAAGGCGUCCGGUUCUCCAGAAUUCAGGUUUCCGUGUUCUUGGCCGGGAUUUUUUCACAUUGCUGCAUGGUGGUGCUGACCUCAUGACGUUGGUUAAUCGAGAUAGGGAGAAAUCCGUGGCCGAACUGAAUUUACUGGGCGGCAACGUCACUCCAGGCUGUGCCACCGGCAGUGAUGGGGGGCCCCGUGGCCAAGGGGGCUGGUGGUUGGAAGGCGUGGCCUCUUUUCCUGAGGUAGCUGUUGGUCUUUCUGCACCUGGACCUGCUCAGGACACAGUCAUCUGACCUGACCUCGUUCUUUCUGCUUGUUCAAGGCAGGGCCUUGCUCCCCUUGACCUUGGAGAUUUUAGCUCUGUAUUGAAUGGCUCGAUGAUGGGUGGUUUGGGGAGCACCUAAAAGCUGUUUUGAAGGGGUGGCCCCAUGUUCCCACGUGUUCAGUGGGAGAAAAAAUUAGUGCAGCUUCUCUGGAGGCCACUCUGGCAGCGUUUACCCAGUUAAAAGUCAUUUGGGUUGUACGCUCCGUGGUGAGCAGGCAGGGCCCCUUCUCAGCGUCUGUUCCACAGACACCCCCGUGUGAGCACAGCUCCGUGUCCCUGAGCCUCCCUCCCUGCAGGUCACCUGGCAGGCUCCCCGUCCCCCGAGCUCGAGCCACCUGCCCCACCCUGCCUCGGGACACCCGUCCCCACGCGGAGCCAGGCGGUCUUGCCACCUCCCAGCACUGGGACACUGGGGCCAGGUCACUGCUGCCGGACGCCAGCCCUGCGGUGCUCUGAGGGCCAGCGCAGCGGGCGUUCCAGCUGCUUCUGUGAGGACUUCAUCAUUGUCCCCAUGAGCCUUCCGUGAACCACUAGGUUUAAUUGCGAGAAGAAGGCUAUCUCAUUUUUAUUUGCCUCUGUCGUUUUGAGACACUAAAGAGCUACAGAAAAUUACAGACACCCUGUAGGUCCACCAUCCAGAACAAAUAAUUUUAAUAUUUUCCUCUUUUUUUCUAUUUUUUUUCCUUUUCCUUUUUUGUACCAAAGAAAAUGUUAAUGCUGAGGUUGAAAUACCUCCAUUUGAAAAUAUAAAUGUCAUUUAUUAGACUUUUAAAAUCUGAUUACAAAAGUCGUACGUGCUCAUUGCAGAAAAUCUGGAGCAAAUUGAGCAGCGCUAAGAAGAAAACGAAAGCCACCUGUGGCCCUGCUGCCUCGUGUCCACCUGGAGGCUCACCUUCCUGUCUCUGGAGGGACGUCCCUCCCCUGAGCAGCGCUGCGGGGGCAGGUGCAGUCGGGCCGUGGCCCAGCCCCACACGCGUGUGUGUGCCCUGGCCUCCUCAGACCUUCCGGACCACCUGGCUUAGCCCCAGUUUUUCAAUAGCAGAAAUAACCCUGCAGUGAACACCCCACAGUGAACCUUUGUGUACACGGCUGAUUAUUUCCUUAGGAUACAUUUAAAAAACAAAACCGUGGGAACAGAGGGCUUGCAUUUCCUGUUUUCAUGUCGCAUCUAGAAGGGACUGCUGAGUGCCCUCUUUGGACGGCUGAGCCGUCUCUAGGCUGGGGGUGCCGGCCAGUUAAUGUGUGGUGUCUCUUGGGGCAGCUCCCAGCACGGACUUGGCCUUCCCUGCCCAGGGCCUUCCUCACCACCUGUGGUGUCUCAGAGUGGGUUGGUGUGCUGCAGCCAGCCGGGCCUGGGUCUCGAUGCUGUUUCUCCAGUUGCUCUGUGGCCUUGGGCAGGUGGCUUCACCUCUCUGUUUUUCUUGGAGGUGCUGCUCUGACUGUCUGCCCCCGGUAUCUGUCCCCAGCCCACUGUGGAUUCGCUGCUGUGGAGUCAGAAGUCAGCUAGCCCUCCCACCCCUGGCCAGGGAGGGAGGGGAAGUGGCGGUCAGCCUGUCUUCCAGUUUUCAUUUCAAGUUCUCAGACCCCAGCUUCUCUCUGACUGGCCCCCCUCAGUGUGGUCCAGUCCCUGGGGCCCCAGGGGGAGCAGGCAGAAAGCUUGCCCUUCCUAGGCCCCUCAUGGGGUGUCUGGGCAGAGGAAGGCUGAGCCGGUGGGUCUCGCUGGCAGCAGCUGUGACAUUGCCUGUGAAGCCCUGUGAGGCCUGCCAGGCAGAGGGGUGGGAGCAGCAGCCACUCCUGGCUGUCCAUCUGUCUGUCCUCCACGGCACCCAGUGCCUGAGUGCUGUGCUCCUCAACACCCCCGAAAAUGCUGUCACUUCAGCGGGCACCCCCGAACAUCUGUCUUGCGUGGUCACCAACAAGACUCAGGCCUCGGGCCGUAACCCAGAAACGUUGUGCGCAAGUUAAUGAAGGAGACGGAAGAGUGAGGCUUGUCGGGGAGAGGAUGCUCUGAGCCCGGGAGAAGCAGCCUCCUGGCAGCAGGUGUGGGGCUGCCCGCCCACCGGUCCCCACCUUCCCUGCUUUGCUGGGCCCGUUGGAAUGGGAACGAGAGUUACGUUACAAGUUUUAUUUUAUGAUGUUGUUGGACAGUGCCUUGAAGGUGUCCUCAUCAGCCUCUGACACUCAGAAGUGCUCUCUAGGGUCCCUGUGAAGUCUGCCCACCCCCCCCGGCCCCCGCCCCAGUAACAGGGAGAGACACGCCCCCCACCACCACCACCACGGCAUAGCCAGCAUCAGGCCAUUUCCUUGUGCUGUCGUGGGCCAGGGUGGCCGUGGGCGUCUGGCGUGGUGACUCUGGUGGGGAACGAUGGCUGGGGGUGGGAAGGCUCCGGCUGGGCUCCUGGCUGUGAUUUAGGAGGGGGGACUUUGAAUUUUCUCGUGGGUGAGAUAGGGUUAACAGUGCUUGCCUUACUGAUUGAACAGGGUGGUCGGAGGUGAAAACACACGUAAUAUAUUCAGUGUGUUACCAAAUAAUACUCAUUAAAAAUCCUUCAGCAACAACCGGGGGAGCGCCCCGUCAGGGACACUGCUCUGGCUGAGAGCGCCCAGGCGGAGCAGAGGUGGCAGAGGCUACAGUGGGGAGGGCACGGCCGUGGGGACGCCGAGCCGGGGCAGGUGGUGGCCCGUGGACCUUGCUGGCCGCCCUGGCGCUGGGAGGGAACCGUCUUCCGUGGUCCCGGGGGUCAGGAGGGCUCCUGACCUCUCGAGUGGGGGGGUGGCAGCGUGGAGGGGGUGCGCCCGGCCACCCUUUCCCAGGCCUCCUCUAGAGCACACUGGAGAAUUCCAGGUGCGGGUCGUGGCUCACAGCCUUCCUGGGGAGCCCUCCUCCUGGCGGCCGGACUGUUUUGGUCAUUGUUUAGUAGUUAGGCUGUGGGGAAGAGAGGGAAGAGUUAUGUUUUGGCUUAAAAAACAGAGUGACGCUUUGCAGACAUGUGAACCUGCCCUGUUUGCGUCUCUGCUCUAUUUUAGACAGGUUCCUAGGAGUCCAAGGCUCGGCACGUGUUCCAGAGCAGAAGCGAGCCCAGUGUCUGUGCUCCGCUCGGCGGAAUCUCCAGGCCCCGCUGCUGGCGGGGAGGGAACACAGACAGCCCUUGAACCGGGCGGGGGUCGGGUGGGCGUUAGGGGCGACCCCACAGCCGAAAAUCCGAGUAACUUCACAGCCGGCCCUUCCUGCACACCCCCGCCCUCCGUAUUCACACUCGUGUACCGGCACUUGGCGUCUGCUGCUGCGACGCUGCCCCGCGUGGUGAUGUCCCUCCGGCGCCUGGCCUGGGCCUGGCCUGGGCCGUGUUGGUGGCCAGACCCCCGGAGGUGCAGAGGACGCGGCGCCCUGCACACGGCCCCGGCCGCGCGCUCCGACAGCAGCACGCUGGGCUUCCGCCGCGCCCUGGGCUUCGGGGACAGGAUCGCCCUCGUCGACCAGCACGGCAGCCACACGUACAAGGACCUCUACUCCCGCAGCCUCUGCCUGUCCCGGGAGAUCUGCCGGCUCCGUGGCUGUGCCGACAGGGACCUGCGGGAGGAGAGGGUGUCCCUCCUGUGCAGCAAUGACGUCUCCUUCGUGGUGGCGCAGUGGGCCACGUGGAUGAGCGGCGGCAUUGCCGUCCCCCUCUGCAGGAAGCACCCCCAGGCCCAGCUGGAGUACUUCAUCCGGGACUCGCGCAGCUCCGUGGUCCUCGCCGGCCUGGAGCACGUGGAGCUCCUGAGCCCGGUGGUCCAGAAGCUGGGGGUCCCGCUCCUGCCUCUCCCGCCCACAGUCUACCAUGGGGCAGCCGAGGACCCCGGGGAAGGCCGGCUGCCAGAGUGGGACUGGAGAGACCGGGGCGCCAUGAUCAUCUACACCAGCGGGACCACGGGGAGACCCAAGGGCGUCCUGAGCACGCAUCAGAACAUCAGGGCCAUGGUGACGGGGCUGGUCCGCAAAUGGGCCUGGACAAAGGACGACGUGAUCCUCCACGUCCUCCCGCUGCACCAUGUCCACGGCGUGGUCAACAAGCUGCUCUGUCCGCUCUGGGUGGGCGCCACCUGCGUGAUGCUCCCCGAGUUCAGCGCUCAGCUGGUUUGGGAAAAGUUCUUAAGCUCUGAAACUCCACGGAUUAAUGUGUUUAUGGCAGUGCCUACCAUAUACAGCAAGUUGAUGGACUAUUACGACAAACAUUUUACCCACCCUCAUGUCCAGGAUUUCGUGCGUGCGGUUUGUGAAGAAAAAGUCAGGUUGAUGGUCUCGGGCUCGGCCGCCCUGCCCCUGCCUGUGCUGGAGAAGUGGAAGGGCAUCACCGGCCACACUCUGCUGGAGAGGUACGGGAUGACGGAGAUCGGCAUGGCCCUGUCCAACCCCCUGACCGCAGCUCGCCUGCCAGGCUCUGUGGGGACCCCGCUGCCCGGCGUCGAGGUGCGCAUUGUGUCAGAAAACCUGCAGAAGGACGGCUACCCCUACGUUGUCCACGCGGAGGGAAAUGAGGAGGACACCAAGGUGACCCCAGGGUUUGAAGAGAAGGAGGGGGAGCUCCUGGUCAGGGGGCCCUCUGUGUUCCGGGAAUACUGGGACAAGCCGGAGGAAACAAAAACCGCCUUCACCUCGGACGGCUGGUUCAAAACAGGUGACACGGCCGUGUUCAAGGACGGCAACUACUGGAUCCGCGGCCGCACGUCCGUGGACAUCAUCAAGAGUGGCGGCUACAAGGUCAGCGCCCUGGAGGUGGAGCGGCUCCUGCUGGCCCAUCCCAGCAUCACGGACGUGGCUGUGAUCGGAGUUCCAGAUGUGACGUGGGGCCAGCGGGUCACCGCAGUGGUGACCCUUCGAGAGGGACACUCGCUGUCCCACAGGGAGCUCAAAGAGUGGGCCAGUGGUGUCCUGGCCCCGUACGCGGUGCCCUCGGAACUCCUGCUGGUGGAGGAGAUCCCGCGGAACCAGAUGGGGAAGGUCAACAAGCCAGACCUUGUCCGGCAGCUCUACCCGCGCGACUGGGCUGCCCCCGAGACCGGGCGCCAGUGAGCCGGCUUCCCGCCUGGCCACGCCUACCCGGAAGGAAACCGCCUCGUGCCCUCUGUCCCGGCCUCGUGGCCACGGCACACCGCACAGCUCCAUGUGCUCUGCAGUCCCCGCCUCCCAGGUCCCCGCGGGUCUGGAGGUGUCACGGGGGAAGCAGGUCUCCCUGGAAACUCAAUAAAGGCUCCACAGAGAAGCA